AUGGCAGACGUAUCACACAAGGGUUAAAGCCGAACAGCUGUUUGCAGAGCGAGGGCUGCCGCACGCGGAACCGGUUCAACACUGCGCGAACACAUGUUUAUCGCUGUAUCUGUUUAAAUUGUUUGGUUGGAAGCGUGUGAAAAUGGUGCAAAAAAUUCUAAUGAUAUGUUUGGGCAACAUCUGUCGCUCGCCCAUAGCCGAGGUGGUGAUGGUGGACACACUGCAGAAGGCGAAAGUUCAGAACGUUGUUGUCGACAGCGCGGCCAUAGGAUCUUGGCAUGUGGGCAAUCGAGCCGAUCCGCGUGCCCUCAGCACACUGAAGCAGCAUGGCCUGGAGAGCAAGCAUAUUGUGCGACAGAUAACGAAGAAGGAUUUCAACGAUUUCGAUUAUAUAUUUGGCAUGGACGAGAACAACAUGAGCGAGUUGCGGCGUCUCGCACCGCCAAAUUCCAAGGCAGAGCUAUUGAUGCUCGGCGAUUUCGGCUUGGAGAAAUCCAAUCGAAUUAUCGAGGAUCCGUAUUAUCAAAGCGGCGCCGCCGGCUUCGAAACUGCCUACCAACAAUGCGUGGUGGCCUGCGAGGCGUUUAUGAAAGAGCGUCUGCAAAAAUAAUUUAAUUGUAAUUUAGAAGCUAAUUAAAUUGUGUGAGUUUACCUACCAGUGGGGUUUACCUAGUGAUACUAUCUGCUUAAUAAAUGAUUUCGUGUACUGUAA